CUAACUGUGCAUAUAGAUUUCCUGGAACCUUGGAGGUCAGAAGUUUGGAUUAUCAAUUGCCUCCACAAGAUGCCCAAAACCCUGGUCUAAAGGAGAGCUCCACUGUUAGGAGAGCUCGGACUCAGAGCUUUCAAUCAGACAGCUGUGGGGAGCUUGGAAGUGUUAGAGGCCAAUGUCUUGCCUGAUGGGCAGCCAAAGCAGACGGAUUUAGUUUGACAGUUCUUGGUUUGGAUAUAUUUCGUGGAUUUUACUUGCAAUAAUGGAUCGUUUGGAUUUAUCUCGGAUUAAGAACCUCUCCCUCAGUAUGCCAUCAAUGAAGAAUUUAAAAUUGAUGUCAUGGCUAAAUCGAGGAGAAGGAACUGAGGACGAAGAGAUGUCUUCUCCGCGGGACCUCCAGGAUUUCCUGGCGGAAGCGCAGUUGGAACAUUACCUCAACGGGCUCCGCAAUGAGCUGAAGAUCACGUGUGUGGAUCACCUGAAAUAUGUGAAGGAGGAAGACCUGGAGGCCAUCGGCAUGGCCAAACCCGAGAUGAGGAGACUCAAGAAGUUCUACAAGAGGGAAUGUCCACAGGGAACCUUCGAGAAACUCAAGAAGGCAAUAAUGAGGGGGUCCGAGGGCCAUGGCCGCUCCCUCAGCCCCUCCCCACCAGAACACAGAAUCUCCCGCCCUACCUCUGUCAUACGCCCCCCAGGGAAACAGAUCAUACCCCAGGAGUCAAUAGCGGUCAACAAAACCCUGGGGGAGGGGGAGUUUGGGGUUGUACAGCAGGGCGUUUGGACCACAGAGGAUGGAGAUAAGGUGCAAGUUGCAAUCAAGUGUCUCAGCAAAGACAGACUUCAAAAUGGAACUCAGGAAUUUUUAAAAGAAGCCUCUGUUCAGCAGAGUAUAGACAAUGAAAACAUUGUACGGCUUUACGGCGUUGUUAUUAACAAGGACAAUGCCCUGAUGCUGGUAACAGAGUUAGCACCAAUGAGAUCCCUGCUGGAAUGUUUGAAGGAAACGUCAUUAAGAUUGGACUUUCCCAUUCCCCGAUUGUGUGAUUUUGCUCAACAAAUUUGUGAUGGAAUGUCUUAUCUGGAGUCUAAGCGAUUGAUACACAGGGACCUGGCUGCCAGGAAUAUCCUAGUGUUCAGUAAGAAUAAGGUUAAAAUAAGUGACUUUGGCCUUUCCCGUGCCUUGGGUGUUGGGAAGGAUUACUAUCAGAGCAAUUUCAGUAUAAACCUAAAGUUGCCAAUAGCAUGGUGUGCUCCUGAGUGUAUCAACUACCUGAAGUUCACCUCCUACAGUGACGUCUGGGCGUACGGCGUUACGCUGUGGGAGUUGUUCACGUACGGCUUCCAGCCCUGGGCAGGCAUGAGUGGACAACAGAUUCUGGAGGCCAUUGACCAGCCCAACAACCAGCGUCUUGAGAAGCCUGACCUGUGUCCAGUGGAGUUUUACGAUCUGAUGAUGAAGUGCUGGGAGCAUGAACCUGAGGAGAGGCCGACCUUCAGUCAGAUCUUCCUCAAGCUGCCACAGAUCCGCCCGGUCCAGGUGAAGGCUGUCAAGGACUACCCCCAGGUCACCCUCGAGAAGGACCACCUCUAUUACAAGUCUUACGAUGUCAUUAUCGCACUUGAUAAGAAACCUUCAGAUGCCCCCAGCAUUGGAUUGUGGAAAGGAGCUCUCAACAAUGGCAAAAGUGGUUACUUUGACCCCACAAACACAGUACCCUUCAUUGAGCCCAAGACAAGCCCCAUCUCACUACCUAAGACAAACCUCACACGGAAGGAAUCCAGCAGGAAGUCCAGUCGUAAGCUGAGGCUUGACAUGAUCAGUGGCCCACAAAACGACCUGCGACACACGGGGCAUAUCGGCUAUGACGGCGCCGUGUUUGGAGACGUCGGCUUCAUUGGGGAGGCCUACGACAAACUGCCUGCACGAGGCAAAUCAGGUGACGAGAGUGUACGAUCAUCUAUGACGUCAAUCGAUCAUCGGGACAGUCCUGACAGAGAAGGUUACAGGGGAACCAAUGGCUAUGGACAUUCGUGGAUGAGCUCCGAAUCCCUGGACAGUCACCAUGGUGAAGACCGACAGUAUCAGGAUAUUGAUGAUGACGGUAUUCUUGGUGACUUCAAGAUUCCAGAUCUCACAAGCUCCCUGGAUCUGGGCCCAUCCUUCAUGGAUGAAGUGCUCCGGGCUCUGGACGAGAAGGAGAAGAAACUGGAAGGAAGUUCCGCAGAGCCAUCGCCUAGCAACGGAGGUAGCAAACUGGAUGAUCUGACGCUUAACGACUUAUCGCAGUCGAUCAGUGUCCCCGGGCGGCGAGGGAAGACCUCCGCCGUUACCAACGUCACCACCUCGAGUGGAACCUCGGCGCGCUCCGAUAGUCGUUCCGAACCUAAAAAGCAAGCCAAGGUGAAACCAAUGUCGGCUUCAGAUGAAAAAAUGAUGGAAUCAGCCAUUGCACUUGCGAACGAAUUCGCUUCUCAGAAUCAGAAGAGGGACAGUCAGAGUCCGCCAACAUCCCCAACAACUAAGACAGAAAAGAAACGCACAGAAUCGGAGAGUAGUAGUGACUCUCCAAAUCUCAUGUCUAAGUUGAAAAAGAUUUCGAUUAGUAGUCCUAAACAAGAACGCAAAAGGACGUUUUCUGACGAUAUGAACAAUAGGGGCGACUUAGAUGGCGAACUCCCACCAGAGGCUCAAGAGGCCUAUAACAUGUUGGUAGUUCGUGGAACAUGCAAAGAUAAUGAUGAAAGCUCUGAUAAUAGUCGCCAGUCGCCUGAGAGAGCAUCACCAGCAAGUGAUGCUGUGUUUUCUAGUUCCUCAGAGAUCCAAUUAAGUCAGCCUAAGCCUUCUCCAACUGCUUCUUCUGUAAACUUCCGACCCCCUCUUCCAGUGACAGAACCCAGACCCCCUCCGCCUAAACCUACCCCAAGGCCACGAAUUGAUCCAAAAAAGUCUGAAAUCCCUGUUCCUCGACCUCGACCUGAGGUUGUUCAGAGAGUAGAACCAACACAAAUAAACCGAGUGGAACCCACUCCUAGAAUCGGUGUCUCCAUGUCUGUUGACGUCCCUGAGACGAAGACUGAGACGAAGACAGAAAGCAGUAUUCCUCAUUCUGUGCAGAGGCAACAAAGUUUACCUGAAUCAAAAAGUCGGGAGAGAGAGGAACUGAAAAAAACAAUUGAAAUCGUGCGUGUAGAUUCCCCUCGGAAGGAGGAGAAAGUUGAGGUUAGUGCAAGCAGUUCAGAGGACUUGCCAUCGAAAUCAGACAGUGAAACUAAAGAAGCACCGAAGUCUUUCUUCGAUGAGGAUUUCAGUGAACCGUCUCCACGGGAAAUUAUGUCCAAGUUGCGUGAAAAGCGAGUGACCAGAUCACUGGAUCACCAGCGAGGAAUGUCAGGAGAUGGUGAGGCACCUCCUACACGGAGUCUGCGGGAACCUCAAGGUAUUCCUGGGAAAGGACCAUCAGCACCAAGCACUCCAGCAGAAGAGGAAGAAGUUGAUACAAAUCCAUUACGCAUGCUUAGAGGAGGUGCGAUACCAAUUCGCACAGGACGUGGUGCCCCAGGUACAAAUACAAAGGAGAAGAAUUGCGAAGAGAUAGACAUGCUGCAGAGAAUAUUUUCAACAGAGGUGAGUGUGGCUGAGUGUAUGAAAGCAUUGGAACUGACCAAGUGGGACAUGCAGAAAACCAUCAAAUACAUCAAAAUGAAGCAGCUCCUGAGUCUGCAACUUGCAGACGUACAUCGAUGUAAAGCUGCACUGAUGAUCUCAUCGUGGGACGUCCCCCGAGCUGCUGACUUCCUACUAACUCACCCAGUACCUAGUCCAGAGAGUCUCGACGUUUGACCUUCACCCUGUGUUGGAGUUAACGAGUUAAUAAGUGUCGCAAUCCUGUUGGAUUUAAGGAAUUAAUUACGUGUGACUUGCAACUGAUGUUUGCGCCAACUGUUUCGUAAGUGAUCUGAUUAAUGUGGUGGCGAUUCCUUUCGGAUGGAGAAAUAUACAGGAUGAUCGUUCUUCCAUUGUGCUGCAUGGAUCAUGCAUCACCAAAACCACACAAGUUAUCCUUCUAUUUCGAGAAGAAUAAGUAUUCCUUCGAAGGAUAAACACGUAGUGGCUGUUGUCAAGACUGUUGCAUCCCAAGAAGUAUCAGGGAUGGAAGUAUCAGCAAUUGACAUCAAAGAUGAAGAAGACUUUCAUUAGAGGAUCCUCACAGAAAUACUUCCACUGCAAUGGCAACGCCCUCAGUGCUGAAGUUUGGAUCAGAUACACUAUUAUCAAUGAGAAUGUCAACCAUACGUCUAAGGCAUUAACAAACUUAAUAUGUGAAUGUGUUUUAAAUAUUUCUGAUUAACAGUUUUAUGAAAUUUGACAUCACUGUUACAGCAGAAGUUAGAUUUUCCAUUAACUGUUGGUUAAUACAUGGGUGAAAACAACAUAGUGCUUAUAAAUAGUUCUCGCGCACUCACAUCAGAAAGUUCCGAAUACGGAACUUCAUCUUGCACAUUCUGCAAAAAUUGGAAUUAUACAGGAAUUGAUUUACCAUCAACACUUUUCAUCAACAAGCUUGCUACAUACAGUGAAAUCAGCAUCACAGAUGGAAACGACAUCAUGCUGGAGGAAAGUGCUUGUGUCUUUGAAAAAUGGUAAUUGGCAUCAUGACAAUGGCACAGUUCCAUCUUCACAUCUUCAGCAUCUUCAGCCUGACAUCAUCACCGGUACUGAGAUCACGGUGGACUAUAUGUAGGCUGUCUUUCAACUGUAUCACAUCUAUAUUUCAUAUCAUGGUUAAUGUGUGUAAAAUACUAACAAGAUUGGAACAUAUAUUAGUCAAUUUCUACCAAGCUUCGACUUUCACAAUUCCUUAAUUGACUCACAAAUCAAGGUAAUCUCUUUUGUGUUUUCACAAUAUAUUUAAUAAUAUUAUUUUAUUUCGACCUUUACUAAGCAGAUUCUGGAAAAUUUCAUAGAUUAGGAAAUAAGUUAUUCCAAAGCACUUCCAUUUUCAUUUUUCAUUCAGACUUUGAGUUAAUGUGCAAAAUAUUGAAAGAAAGAGCCAGAAAGCGUGCAUUCUUGCAUCUGUUCUCAAUAAUUUUGAAACUCUUGCAAAUACCCAAUACCGACCUUUUUGUGCCAAACAUAUUAAUGGCAUUAAAAAUGAAACAAUGUUCUUCCUUACCAUGACUACUAUAAAUGUCUUGCAUGUUUCAAGAAAAGUGCUGGGUUGCAAUUAGACUGAUGUUUAUCAUUAAAUUUCUUGAAAGAAAAUGCAUAAAAAAUAUACACGGUAUUAAGACACCAUUCUGACUUGUGCUGUAGAUAUAAAAAGACAUAGGAUUUCACCUCCUGUAAUCUCCUAACAUUUUUGUAAAAUUUCUGUGCAGAACUGUAUUUUAUGUAUAUAUAAUUUGAAUUGGUUUUCAAAACAUGUAUAUUUCUCUGUAUACCAUAGACAAUACACAGCUGCAUGUACAGUAAUUUAUAACAGUGAAUAUUCAGUGUAAACAAGUUCGCUUCAUAUUUUGUAAUAUUGUUUAUUAGAAAUAUAGCCUAGAUUUUUUAAUACCAGGCAUAAAAUGCCUGUUUGUUUUGUUUGGUGCUAACAUAUGGUGACCUGUCACCACUUUUCUAAUCUCUGUAUGUUCAUUAUUGUCUCUCAGAAAAAUGUAUUUCUUUAAAUUUCAGUUUGUUUCUCUAUGUUGUUUGAAAGAAAUACUUAUAAACUUAUUCUUUGGUUCUCUCAGAAAAAAAGUCUAACCCCGUUCAAUAUUCAUAAGAAAUAUGAACCUCACAAAUCAGUUUUCAUGAGUUUAAAACAUGUAUUUAAAUUUUCAAAAUAUUUGAAAAGGUAUUUUGAAUUUUUAAAAAGAUUACAAGUUUGGUUUGAAUUUUUGAAAAACUAUCUUUGAAAAAUAUCUUACUAGUGUUAAUAGCUAGGACAAGUUUAUAAACGAGGGUGUCUUGUAUGUAAAAUGUCCCCCUUUAACUGCCUUUCUAAACUGUUAGUACUGAUUUGAAUCUGUUCGAACAUUUUGGCUUCUAGGAACAGCUUCCUAGGGUUUUGAUUUGUAGAUGUUUAGAUCUCCUAACAGCUAUCUCAUAGAUCUCUAUCGGAUGUUAUUGAAAGUCCAGCAUUUUGAACAUUGACCCUUCCUUGGCAUUGGUACAUCAGUGGACGGAAUAAACUAAGGGUCAUUAUUUGAAAAAACACCAUUAUAACAUUCUUGAAAAAUCAAUUUUCACAAAUCAGCUGCCAUCAGUGAGAUGGCCUUGGGGUUAAAGUGUUUGCUCAGCGGGCAGAAGACUGGGUUUGAUUCCUCACAUGGGUACAUUCCUGAUGUCUUGCUGUGAUAUGACUAUUGUAAAACUCAGCAUGAAUUCAGUCUGGUUAGCCAUUUGAUGAUCACUUCCCAUCUCUUGCCUUUGAAGCUUAGUGUGCAAUAUCAUAUGGGACAGGUCAUAUAUUAUAGGUGAUGGGGCGAGUGGUCUGAGGACCAGGGAUUGGGCUAGAAAACUUUGACAAUGGGCCAUUUUCAGGAUUAUUAGCCAUUUUCUGAAUUUAGAAUGAGCCACUGCCCUUUAUCAAUGGUAAACUUCAAAAUAUUAAUGGGCCAUUUUUUUUCUCUAAUGUACAAAAUGGCCCAUGGCCCCUGCCAUUCACAAUCCCUGGAGGACUGUAUCAUACUUUGUUGAAAUUUUCUGUCGUUUUAUGUAACAUUUUGUCAUGAAGUCUACUCUGUUUCCAAUAAUAAGGGGUGGUGGGGUAGCCAAGUGGUUUAAGCAUCGUUCAUCACGCCGAACACCCGGGUUCGAUUCCCCACAUGGGUACAAUGUGUGAAGCCCAUUUCUGGUGUCCCCUGCCUUGAUAUUGCUGGAUUAUUGCAAAAGGCGGCAUGAAACUAAACUCACUCGCACACCCAAUAAUAAAUGACCCGUCUCUAAAUAAUGUUCAAAUUUAUAAUUUUUUAUUUAUAUUUGAACAGUUGAAUUGUGUCAUUUUUUCAUCAGCCCCUAUUGCUGUGAUAAUUGUAGGGAUGUCUCUAUUUUGCUGUCAAUUCUUCAUGAUCCUCUUUACUAAUUUCUUCUCUCAUUCUCUCACCCCCUCGCCUCCUCCCCCACCCUUCUCUGCUAUAAUAAAUGACCAGCCCUUCGACUCUCUUAACUGAUGAAUGUGAUAAGGCUACGAAGUAUAAUAAGUUGCUUACCCCUUCUACGAUGUUCCUUCUGAUUGCGACAUUACAAGUGAUAAUUCUGUAUACCUGGAGAGAAACAUAACAUUCAGAAACAUCUUUAAUAUGUUAAUGGCUGCAGUAUCUAGUCACUUUUUGAUACUUUUUCCCUGUUGAUUCGUUAGCUUUGAGCAUUUUUAGUUCUUUAAAGUUUUUGUUGUUGUGAUCUCUUUCUCCAUCGGUAGGACUUCAACAAACAGGAAUCAACUGCUAAAUGUCUUGUAUCAGCAUAAUAUUGAAAGUGCCAUUCCUUUUUAUAAACAAAUUGACACAGAGGUCCUUAUGGUAACUUUUUUGUUUUGCACAAGCUAAUCACCCUUUAAAAUGUUUUUGUCCCUCGGAGACAUUUUAGGAACUGUUAAAACGGAGGUAUAAUUCCAACUUCAAAAUGUAACAGAAUAACAAAAACAUUAAACUUAAAGAAGACUAUAGUAUUUCUUGAGAUGGUAAAUGAAAACGUGCUAAUUUUUCAAUGAGAACAAGAACGUUUUUAUCAAAUUAUUAGAAAACGUUUUAUGAAAGUUACAGUUAACGUUAAGAGGUUCUACUGUAAGUGUGUUUGAACUGUAAGAACAAGAAUGGACAUUCAAAAAUGUUGCUGUAAUCAUUCAUGACAGUAUAUCCAUAUAAGUUCUAAUCAUGUGUCUUGUUUUAAUAAAUACUCUGAUGAUCUUCCAAUUUUUCAAGAACUAUUUUAUAACAAUCAGCUAUGGUAUUUGUGUAUCUUUUGUUAAUUGUUAUUUACAUUUUUACUCUAAGUCACAACAUAUCUGAAUGUACUGCACUCGUUACUGUAUUGUAAAUGACCCUGCCUUCAUGUUUAGUGUGACGCUUUCCUUAAGGGCUCAGAUCUGAAGUGUCGUCUAUAUCAUGUACAUCAUCGAGGACUUGACAGCUUCUAAAGGAUGCUUAUUUCAGUUCUCUGAGGACAUAAUUUUGCAAUCUUUCAUUAAAUUACCACCUUGCUCACAUCAAAACAGAUUUAAUAACAUUGAUCAUAUUCUCAGAAAUAUUACGGUGUUGGUUAUUGAAUGAAUAUUGCAUUAAUAUUUUUAUCAAAAAUCACAAGACUCAUCAGUGUGUUAAGAACUGCAUCUGAAUAUAAUCUGUCCUAACAUGAUAAUAAAUAUUUAUACUUUCAAAGCAUUCUCACAGCAUUCAAUGUUUGUACAAAAUUAGUUUAAAUGUUAAUGUUAUCAUUGGGAGUUUGUUUUUUUCUGAUUUUUAUACUUUUUUCAAGGUUAUUAGAACAUAUUGAAGAAAUGUAUCUACUCAUCUGCCAAAUUCGAAUGAUACGAUACAUCUGAUUUUGUAAGAGUUACGUGUUAAUCAAUACAUCCAAUGAACAAUUAAUGUUCAUUUUGAUUUUGAAACUGGAAAUAACUUUGAGGUAUUUAGCCAUUAUGAUUAGCAUCAGCUAAGGUUAAGUGAGUGAUUUGUGACUAAAUUAAUAAUCAGUAGGUUUGGACUUGAUGAAUGUUACAUACACAUUUGAAUUCAGGUGGUUGAAUUUGUGAGGCCAGUUUCUCAUAAUUGUUUGUGAUUCACUAGUGGUCUGAGCCAUGCCCUGCUCAAAUCUACAUUCUUCAAGGAACACGUGAACGCUGUUGUAUGAAUGGUUUCCACAAUGUUGCAGCUUUGUAAAUACUUCCGCCAACUAGGUUCAGAUCCUGCUGACAAUAAAACACAUUUACUACUGA